AUGGCAAUAUCCACUACCCGUUUCAUGUUUUUUGCAAUGCUCAUUUGUUCAUUCGCCGCCAUCUUCGGUAACAAGAUGGUCUCGGGCCAGUGUUCGGGUGACAUGCAAGGACUCAUGGAGCAAUGUGCAAAGUAUGUACAAAAACCGGGUCCGAUGAUUCAACCAUCAAGUGCUUGUUGUAGUGUUGUCAGGAAUGUUGACUUGGCUUGUGUUUGUGGUCAUAUCACAACCGAGGUCGAAGGUAUUAUCAGCAUGGAGAAGGCAGCUUUCAUUGCUCAAGCAUGUGGUAAACCGCUUGCUCGUGGAACUCGAUGUGGAAGCUAUGUUGUACACGGAAACUAA